GUUAGCUACUUUUCGACCACUGAGCGUCUGUACGAAUGACUGACUGAACCUUCGUUCCCCUACCUCGGCUAUUUUGUUGAAUAUCGCCAGGUUCCGACUAGCGUGCAUGCCGCCAAUCGCCAGGUCUUUCAGAUGCCUGUGUCUCUGGCACAAGAGACCAGGAUGGGGGGUGCCGUAACUAUAAAAUACUGGGGGCUGUCUUUAUCUCGAGCUUUAUAUGGUCGUUCCCGUAUCAGUUUCAAGAUAUGGCUCAGGGCCAUUAUUGGUGCUCUGAUAACGAUUUUGCCUAACGGGAUAAGGAAUCCUCCGUUGUGUGCAAAGGGCGAUACGAGAUCGUCAACGGACGGCAUGUGUGAUAGACAUCGCGGGAAAAGUCAACUCCACACGAUUGGCCACGGUUUCGUCAUGACAUAAUUGGUAUGUCUGGCUGGAAUGUCCUAUGUGGUACAUGAGGGGUAAUAAUACUUUGGGUCAAGUGACCAAAGUUGAGCUGCUGUCAAUUUGCGAGUGUUGUACUGGCAAGUGUGAUGCCAAG